CGCGCACCCAUUGACGCGCCAUGUUUAAUUCUCCCUAGGGAAACAAGUGCUCACAGAGAGAUAGCAGCUGCCGGUUACUUUCCCCGUCUCUGGGGAACUCUCCAAAAAUUAAUCUUCAGUUUCUUGAUACCAAAUACCAGCAUCAAUUGGAAAUCAGAUAGAUUUACCAUCCUGGAGAAAAGACCUCAUCUGGGUAAAUUCCAACUUGGAUGUGCGGUAAAUUCUGAGUCUCCGAGGAGAUCUUGGAUGUGACUGUGGAGGGUUUUGGUUUCUUUAAAUCCUCUAGAUUCUUACCUUGUUUAAAAUCCGUGCAAAAGGGUUUUCUUUUGAUGCCAUUUUGAUGGCGAAACGACCCGAAUCAUCGGUUGGAUACUCUGCCACUAUACCACCUCCUCAGCAAGGCACUGUUCAGUCACCAAUUUUUAGUCCUCCCCCAUUCCCAACAACAACAACAGGUCCUAUAUUUCCUCCACCACCAAUUGUACAACCAAACCAGAUUCCUUCUCCGUCCAUUAAGACACCUAAUUUACCAUCACCUGCUAAUGGAGUUAGAACUGGAAGCCCUGCUCCUCAUUUGAGUACCCCACCUGGUCCUCCUGUGUUUUCGUCACCGCUCCAACCUGCUGCUGUUCCGUUCAGAACUUCUCCAGCCACCCCGCAGCCUGUUGCCUAUUCCUCUGCUUCGUCUCUCCCCACGUCAUCACCUCCCCAGUUCUCGAAUGGCUCUGUUGAUCUGCAUCACCAGAGUUCUGAUGCUACUGAAGAUUGGACACCUGCUACGGAAUCUCCAAACGUUCUCUUCUCAGCUCACAAGGUGUUGAAGCAGAAAAAACUUGCAAAUAUUCCAAGUCUAGGCUUUGGGGCAUUAGUUUCCUCCGGAAGGGAGAUGUCACCUGGUCCUCAAAUGAUACAACGUGAUCCCCAUCGUUGCCAUAAUUGUGGAGCAUAUGCAAAUCAUUAUAGCAACAUUUUACCUGGCUCAGGGCAGUGGCAGUGUGUAAUAUGUCGUGAUCUCAACGGAAGUGAAGGGGACUAUGUAGCUUCCAGCAAGGAAGAACUUCGCAAUGUGCCGGAACUAUCAUUACCUUCAGUUGAUUAUGUCCAGACAGGGAAUAAGAGGCCUGGUUUUUUCCCAGUGUCUGAUUCCAGAGUUUCAGCACCAGUUGUUCUUGUAAUAGAUGAGUGUUUAGAUGAACCUCAUCUCCAGCAUCUUCAGAGUUCUUUGCACGCUUUUGUGGAUUCAUUGCCUCCAACUACAAGACUCGGGAUUGUCACGUAUGGCAGCACCGUUUCAGUUUAUGAUUUUUCAGAAGAAUCUGUGGCAUCAGCUGAUGUAUUUCCUGGUAACAAAUCACCGGAUCAGGAGUCCUUGAAAGCAUUGAUUUAUGGGACCGGGAUAUACUUGUCUCCUAUGCACGCAUCUCUCCCUGUCGCACACUCAAUAUUCUCAUCAUUUAGGCCAUACAAACUUGAUAUUGCAGAAGCUUCUAGAGACCGUUGCCUGGGUACAGCAGUUGAAGUUGCUUCGGCAAUUAUUCAAGGUCCAUCAGCAGAAAUGUCACAGGGUGUUGUUAAAAGGUCCGGCGGAAACAGCAGAAUUAUUGUUUGUGCUGGUGGACCAAAUACAUGUGGCCCUGGUUCGGUUCCGUAUUCUUUCUCUCAUCCUAACUAUGCUCAUAUGGAGAAAAUUGCAUUGAAGUGGAUGGAAACCCUAGGUCGUGAGGCGUUUAGGAAGAACACAGUUAUCGAUAUAUUAUGUGCAGGCACAUGUCCGGUAAGAGUGCCUGUCCUGCAGCCUCUUGCAAAAGCCUCUGGGGGUGUACUUAUUCUCCACGAUGACUUUGGAGAGGCUUUUGGUGUGAACUUGCAGAGAGCAUCUGGGAGAGCUGCAGGUUCACAUGGUUUACUGGAGGUCCGCUGUUCUGAGGAUAUUUUUGUUAGUCAAGUUAUAGGCCCCGGCGAAGAGGCGCAUGUGGACAGCAACGGAACUUUUAAAAACGACGAUGCUCUUGUCAUACAAAUGCUAAGCGUCGAAGAAACACAGUGUUUUGCAUUAUCCAUGGAAACCAAAAGAGACAUUAAGCGCGAUUUUGUGUAUUUCCAGUUUGCCUUUAAGUUUUCUGAUGUCUACCAAUCAGAUAUCACGAGAGUCAUCACUGUUAGAUUGCCUACUGUGGACAGUGUUUCAUCAUAUCUUGAGAGUGUUCAAGAUGAAGUGGCUGCUGUUCUUAUUUCCAAGAGGACACUUUUAAGAGCCAAGUAUGCCAAUGAUGCACUUGAUAUGCGAGUCACGGUUGAUGAAAGAAUCAAAGAUAUCACAAGCAAGUUUGGUUCUCAAAUGCCCAAAUCAAAACUCUAUCGGUUUCCUAGGGAGCUCUCUGUGUUACCAGAACUCUUAUUCCAUCUUAGAAGAGGGCCACUUCUGGGAAGCAUUCUUGGUCAUGAAGAUGAGAGAUCUGUGUUGCGAAACUUGUUUCUGAAUGCAGGGUUUGAUUUGUCCCUCCGAAUGGUGGCUCCUCGCUGUCUGAUGCAUAGACAAGGUGGCACCUUUGAGGAACUACCUGCUUAUGACCUUGCUAUGCAAUCUGAUGCAGCAGUUGUUCUUGAUCAUGGCACUGAUGUCUUCAUUUGGUUGGGUGCGGAACUUGACUCUCAGGAGGGUAAAGGUGCAGCAGCAUUGGCAGCUUGCAGAACUUUAGCUGAAGAGCUCACAGAAGUGCGCUUUCCAGCUCCUCGGAUUCUUGCAUUCAAGGAAGGGAGUUCUCAGGCUCGAUAUUUUGUUUCCCGGCUGAUACCAGCACACAAGGAUCCCCCUUAUGAACAGGAAGCAAGAUUUCCACAGCUACGGACGUUGACUGCUGAACAGAGAACGAAGUUGAAAAGCAGUUUCCUUUACUUCGAUGAUCCUAGUUUCUGCGAAUGGAUGCGGAGUUUGAAAGUCUUGCCACCUGAGCCAAGUUAAGAGUCCUAAUAAACGUUCAUCGGCAAAUCUUCAAGGAGCAAGUUCCAGGGAGUUGCAUUCGGAUGUACCAUCGAGUUUAAUGGUAUAGACACUUUGUUGGGUCGUGGAUGACAGCCUCCAUCUCUUAAUUUUCUGCUGAUUCCUGGCUAUCAUGCCAGGAAAUGAACUCUUCCAUUGUGAUUGCUUUCUGUAUGGUGGAGUCUAAGGGACUGAAUUCUUUUGAAAUAAAAAUUUCCUAUUACAUCUACUUGAGAUUCUUUUUCCGUAUAGGGAAGCAAAAGGAUAUGAAUUUUGAGUGAUUUGUAACGACAUAGAUCAAGCUUGCGACUUGCUUAGCAGUUAUUACACAGUCGAUGUUAUGAAUUGGUCAAUUCUCUAUAGACAUCAAUGAAGCAUUUUUUAAAGUCCA